AUGUUGGUCGAGAGAAAAGUCAAGGUUGUCACCGAACAGCAUCAAAUUGACAAGCCGUCUCCGGUGUCGGAAUUUCCCAUGCGAGAAUGGAGCCUGCAGCUCUAUUUGCUGGAUGAGGAUGGAAACGAGCGCCCGGCCGACGUCUUCACCAAGGUGGUGUACAACCUGCAUCCUACCUUUGCUAAUCCCGUCCAAACCUUCACGAAACCCCCGUUCCUGUGCUCCAACGAAGGGUGGGGCGAGUUCGAGAUCAACAUCGAGUGCUACACGACGGAAAAGACGAAACUGCCGCUCAUCACCCACGACCUGAAUUUCCAGGAGGAAAAGUACCAGACCACGCACACCGUCGUCUUCAAGAACCCCUCGCAGGCCCUGCAGGAGCGCUUGCGCGAGACGGGCCCGCUGCCCAACGACGAGGAGCGCCAGAAGAAGAAGGGGGCGGCGGGCAAGAAGGGCGCGCAGAAGUACGACUACGAGAAGAUUGCCGAGGCGCUGGAAAAGCUGGACGAGGAGGACCUGCUGCGGGUCAUACAGCUCAUCAACGAGAACAAGGGUCCAGACACUUAUAUAAGGAGUGACGUGGAAGCCGGGGAGUUUUCAAUUGAUCUUUACACCAUGCCGGAUGUGCUGACGACGAAGCUGUGGGAGCAUCUGUCAAAGAAGGGUUUGGUUCACUAA